AUGUCUUAUAAAGAGUGUGAUGCAAUUAAUACGAUUGAUAAAUAUUUUGAUGAUAAUACGGAAAACCCGGAAGAAUAUGAUGUGAAUAUAUUACAUAUGUAUUGCCCUGGCAAUAAAUGUAGUAGUGAUGAAGAAGAAAUUGUCGCUGGUUUUAUAAUGUUACUAAAUAUGAUUGGUGAGGAAGGUAUAGAUGGUGAAAAACUUGUUGAAUACGCUAUUUUAUGGUUAAGUUAUAAACUAAAUCAAAAAACGCAAAAUGGAACUACUACAUUAAACGAGUUUUAUACUAAUCGUGUAGUAAAAAAUAAUAAAUAUGAGGAGAAUAUAUCUACUAAUAAUAAUAUUAAUAAGGAUGUUAUAGAAAAUAAAAUAAAAUCGAUGAAUAUGAAUAUUAAAGAUGUAUCUAAUUUUUAUGAUGCAUUUAAAUCAUUAUGUAACAUGUGUAGUGAAAUUAGUGCAGAAGCAAAUACUGAAUGCAAGAAAUGUUUAGAAAAUGCUGGAGAAUUUUUUGAAAAAUGUGAAAAAGUUAAAAAUGCUUUAGAUAUUACUAAAGAAAAUUCUUAUUCUCAACUAUGGUUAAGUUUAUCAAAAGAUUAUAAAAAUUUUGAAGGUAAUUAUAAUAGUAUUUGGUGUAAUAAUGUUCCAUCAGUUGUAGCUUGUCCACGAAGUUCAGUAACAAAAAAUACCCUAAUUGCAAUUGCAAUUAUAUUUGUUGUAGCAUCAAUUUUAUUGGGAGUUUCUUAUAAGUAUUCGUUAUUUGGAUUUCAGAAAAGAUCUCAAAAACAACAUUUAAGAGAAAAGCUAAAAAAAUAA